AUGGUGACACAUUCAAUUGGCCAUUCCUCUCAGCAAUUGUCCUUCACUCAUGUUGCUAAUUUUAUUAAUGAUGCUGCAGCUGAUGUUUCCGCUGUGGAUGCCAAGCAAUUGGCCGAAAUAAGACAGUUUUUGGAAGCUAAUAGGACAAAUCUUAUCGAGGAUCCCAACACAAUAAGGCAGCAUGGAAAUUUUUCUGGUGGUGACAACAAAUUAGGCUCUAUGAUUGCAAAUUUAUUGCAAAUAAGCGUCGAUGAUCCCCUCUUUGCUCAAUGUGAGGAUCCGUGUCAUGCCGCACAAUUUUUCAUCUCUGAGAGGUCUUCCAGAUUACAUAUAGUGUACACGCUUCUUGCCAACCCAGAUUUUGACCUCGAUACAUAUUCGUUUCUUGACAACGAUAGAUUCGGUGUAGCUGGAAAAUUGAUCUCUUUAAUAUCGUCCAUAAUGGAGAACUAUGAGACUGUCAAAAUUUCAGCCUUAGGACAAGGCCAUAACAAUGAUCAAGACGCCUUAAAAUAUGCUUCGUUGGUGCAAUUGAAGAAUUUCUCUGAUUUGAAGCUUAUCAUGCAAAUACUACAAAUUUUGAGUUUAAUGAUCCUCAAUACAAAGGUACCAGUAAAUAUCGUCGACCAAUGGUUCAUGCAGUAUCAAAAUCAAUUCAUCGAAUUUGUCAGAAAUAUAAACUCCUCCGACAAAACCAUUGACACUUCGUCAUUACAUUUUUAUAGGUUUCAGAACUUCCAAAACCUCAGCUACCUUUCAGAAACGUUUGUUUCUAUGCUAUCAUCUUUAUUUACGAUCACAACUGCAUUGAUGCUUGGAUUGAACACAUCAAUUGCUCAGUAUGAUCUUCAGUCACCCUUAUACUUGGAUUCUAAGACUUUCCACACCGUCCAUGCAAUUUUAGAAAGUGAUAUAGCAGCCAAUGUUGUGACUGAGAUCCCCAUAUUCCAUCCGAUGAUCCAUUACUCUUGGUCGUUCAUACUUUAUUAUAGGCGAGCUUUGCAAUCGCCGGAAUCAUUUGACGACUCGGACAUAACGAAAUUUGCCCAAUUUGCUGAAUCACAUAACGUUUUUCAUGAAUUGAAUACUCUCUCAGAAAUAUUAUCUUUUGACCCCAUCUACACUACAGUAAUAACAAUAUUUUUGGAAUUUUCUUUAAACUUUAUUCCCAUAACUGCGUCUACUUCUCGUGUUUUUGCCAAGAUAAUUUCGAAGGCCCCGGAGCAGUUUAUUGAAAAUUUUUUAACUAAUGACACUUUUGAAGACAAACUAAGCAUUAUAAAGGCUAAAUUACCCCUAUUAAAUGAAUCGCUUAUCCCAUUAAUCAAUUUAUCCUUAAUUGAUACUGAAUUUGCCAAUUUUGAAUUGAAAGAUAUUUGUUCUUUUGCCAUUGCUAGAAGCAGUUUGAACGAUAUGGAUUAUGACCUAAUAGCGGAUACAACCACAAACUCUUCUUCGGCAUCUGACAUUAUUGUACCUGAUUUGAUAGAGUUAAAGUCUGACCUGUUAGUUACACCACCAUUAGAGAGAGAGAACUCUAAUUGUCUCUUGUCAAUACCGAAAUCAACAAAGGCAAAGAUUCUUACUAUCAAACAACACCAAACAAAUGACAAACAGGUACCUACUACUUCUAACUUGAUUAUUUUCCUUUACAAGUACAAUGGUUGGUCCUUAGUUGGUAGAAUAUUGCAGAAUCUAUUACAUUCGUACAUGGAAAAGGGCGCCCAACUGGAUGACACACAACAUGAAUUGAUGAUAUCAAUAAUUAAAUUGGUUACUAAUGUUGUCAAUCCGAAGACGCCGAUUGAAAAAUCUAGUGAAAUUCUAUCAUAUUUAUCGAAUUCUCUAGACAAUCCAAGUAGUACUAUAAUUGAAGCGUCAAUUAUCCAAGUAAUUUUUGAGAUUUUCGAAGUUUCAUUACAAAGAAAAGAUUAUACUUCAAUUGUGCAAUGCUCUGAGUUUAUGACUAUGCUGACACCAAACUAUCUUCAUUUAGUUUCUUCAUAUUUGAACAAAUCUGAAUUACUAGACAAGUACGGCAAGACGGGUCUUUCCAAUAUGAUUCUUGGUUCGCUUGAACUAUCCACCGGGGAUUACACAUUUACAAUACAAUUGCUUAAAUUAACAAAAAUUUUUAUUCGAGAAUCUUUAUCAUUGCAAAAUAAUCAUAUAUCCAAAAGAACUAAAAUUGACAUCAUUAAUAAGUUGACUCUACAUGCAGUUCAUAUAUUCGAGAGUUAUUCUAAUUGGAAGUUUAAUAACUUUCUUCAGAAAUUUGAAAUUGCCUUCCAUUUGACUUCAAUUUUUUACGACAUACUUCAUGAUGUCUUUACCAUAAAUCCUUUUCAAACAGAUCAACUGAUUACUUUCUCCUCAGCGAAAAAACUGUUACAAUUGUUUUUAACUCCCAUGGAUUCUAUCGACUUGGCUCCAAAUACUCUGAUCAAUAUUCUCAUUUCACCGUUGGAUACCACAACGAAAAUUUUAGGUGAUAAAGUUUUGGGUAAUUUAUAUACUAAGUUGAUGAGUAAUUCACUUAAGUUGUGCAAACUUUUAAUUUCAAUUAGAGGCAGCAAUCAUGAUUUGAAACCUAGUAACUUGGAAAAACUCCUUUUCAAAAACUCAUCAAAAUUGGUUGACGUUUAUACAUUACCAGGCAAUGUUCAUUUAAGGGCUCAAAUAAUAGAAUUAUUAAGCUACCUAGUAGAGGCCCCUUGGAAUGACGAUUAUCCAUUCUUGUUGUCCUUCCUUGGUGAAACAAAAUCAAAGUCAUUUUUGAGAGAAGUUUUAUCUGACCUAAGUUCUCCAGUGCAAAAUUGGGGACUACUACGAAAUUUGUACAUUUUUUUCACAACUUUAUUAGAAAGUAAGCAGGAUGGGUUAUCAAUUCUUUUCUUAACAGGUCAGUUUGCCUCAAAUAAAAACAACAGUGAUGAAUCUUCUAUUGAUAAAAAAAAUUCAAUACUGACAGUUUUACAAAGAAAUUCCCUAAUGUUAGAUUCAAUGCCUGAAGAAGUAAGUUGCAAGCUACUAGAAACAAUCACAUAUGUUUUGAACACUUGGACAAACUCUAAAAUCUUUAUCAAAGAUGCCAAAUUUGUGAAUUCCUUAUUGAACAAAUUGAAGAACACUAAAACUUUAUUUCAAAAAACAGAGAAUUUGACUCGUGAUGAAACUGUUUCUUUAAUUAAAAAAUACAAACUAGUUUCGAGGAUCGUCGAAAUAUUUGCGCUGUACAUUUAUAAUUCAAAUGAUUCAAACGCCAAAAUUUUGGAUUUCUUGAACCAGCAAGACCUCUUUGAAUUAGUACAUCAUUUCUUCCAAAUUGACGGGUUCAAUAAAACUUUUCAUGACGAAUUGAACUUGAAAUUCAAAGAGCAAUGGCCUAGUUUAGAACUGCGAUCGUUCCAAAAAAUUCCUUUAUCUAGAAUAAACGAAAACGGGAAUUUCGGUUAUGAUAUUCACUUGUUAGAUAAAGUAUUGAAAAAUGACCGUAACUGGUACGAACCGGGCAUGGGUCAGACAGAUUUUGAAAAUGAAAUUAUUGAUGCAUCAUUAAAUUUACAAUAUGUCAAUUAUGAAAUAUCUACAGCAAAGGCCUGGGGGGCAUUAAUUACCACAUUUGUGAAGAGGAGUACUACACCACUAAAUGAUGGUUUUAUAAACUUGGUAGAAUAUUUCCUGCAGUUGAAUAUCAAUUUUGGUUCAGAUAAACAAAUGUUUACCCAAAUAUAUCUGGAGAGAAUUGAAUUAUCGUUCUACAUUUUAUAUUCAUUCAAAUUAUCAGGGAAACCAUUGAAGGAAUCCAAAAUAACUGAAUUAUUGAAAAAGAUCUUCACAAUUUUUAAAUCUGAGGAAAUUGAUUUCACAAAAAACAUUGGCGGGUCGUUAAAAAAUAACUUUUAUAGACCCCUUUUAAGAUCUGUUCUAAUCCUUCUCGAAUUAGUCUCAUCAGGGGAUCAUUUCAUUGAGUUAAUAUCCGACCAACUGUUAGAAUUCUUUGAACUUGUAUUUAGUAAGGGUGUUUAUUUGAUAUUGUCUGAAAUAUUAUGCCAGAUCAAUAAAUGUUCUACGAAAGGCUUAAACGGGGAUCACGCUAAACAGAUUAUUAAUUUAGAGGAAAAUACUCAGGAUUUACUGUUAUUAUUAUCACUUUUCAAGAAGAUAACCAAUUUGAAUCCUUCGAAAAACUUUAAUGUUGUUCUUGCAUCAUCUCUAAACGAAGUGGGAACUUUAAAAGUUAUACUGAAUCUAUAUUCAAGCUCUCAUGUUAUGAGGAUUAAUGAUGAACCAAUUCUAGGGCAAAUUACUUUGACCUUCAUCUCUGAAUUAUGUUUGGUUGAUCAAAUUUCGGCAAAAUUUAUCAAUAGUGGAUUGUAUAGUGUUUUGUUGGAAAGCCCAUUGUCUGUGGCUAUACAGCAAGGUAAUAUUAAGCCUGAGCUCUCACCGAAAUUACACAAUAUUUGGAGCAAUGGUUUAUUAUCUAUCAUCUUACUACUGUUGAGUCAAUUUGGUAUCAAAGUUUUACCUGAGACAUGUCUCUUUGUUUCAUAUUUUGGAAAACAAAUAAAAUCGACAAUAUAUAACUGGGGAGAUAACAAGUUGGCAGUAUCAAGCUCGUUAAUAAAGGAAACUAAUCAACUGGUUUUGUUGCAGAAAAUGCUAGACUUGCUAAAUUACCAAGAACUUUUUAUCCAGCCUGACAAUUCUAAUGAUCAGAAAAAGGCUGUAGAGUUGGUUAUUGGCUUAGAUUCUGAUCAUGACAAAAAAAAGUUAAGUGCCGCAUUAAGUAAAUUCCUAACUCAUCCAAAAUACUUGAAUUCGAGAAUAAUACCAACCACUUUAGAAGAGCAGCAGCAUUUGGAAGAUGAAUCAAAGAGGUUGGAAUUCGUCAAGGGAAUAAGCAGAGAUAUCAAAGUGUUGCAAGAUUCACUAUUCAAGGAGGUGUAA